AUGGUUGGAUGCGAGUGCGUUCGCCGCAAUGGUCUGCAGGACCAAUGUCCUCGAAGCGAUUGUCAGGGAGCUCCUUGCUGUUUAACAUUGCCGGAUGCGAGCUGCGAGCCUGCUCUUUUGACAUUCCAAAAAAUCUACGAUAGAUUCAGCAGCGGCGGCCGUAGAGGUGGUCGAUGCGGAGGUGGCGGCGGCGGCGGUGGUUGUUGUCCGUGUCCACCAUGCUUACCAUGUUCACCUGUCUGCGGACCAUGUGGUCCAUGUGGACCUUGUGGUCCGUGUGGUCCCUGUGGGCCAUGUGCACCAAUAUGUGGUCCAUGCGGACCAUGCGGCCCUUGCGGACCUUGUGGACCUUGCGGUCCUUGUAUGCCCUGUAUGCCUUGCCCAUGCUAA